AUGGUGCAAGUUAUUGAAUAUCCCGUAACUGCUACUUUUGCAUGGUCAAAACAUAAGUUACCUUAUUUGGUUUCUGGUACUUACUCAAAUGCAAUAGAUCCCAAUUUUUCUUCCGAAUCGAAAUUAGAGUUAUGGUCAAUUAAUCAAAUCAAUAAUAAGGAACCAAUCUUUUCUUUGAAUAGUGAUUCUAAAUUUAAUGAUUUAGAUUGGUCUGGUGACAAUGUCACUAUUGCUGGUGCUUUGGAUAAUGGUAGUAUUGAAAUUUUUAAAUUCAAUCAAGAAAAUGAUUCAAUUCAAUCAAACGAGUUAAUCAAAAAUAAUAGGCACACAGGUCCCAUCAGAAGUAUCACUUUUAAUCCAAGACAAGAUAAUUUAUUGCUAUCUGGUGGUGAAGGAAUUAUCAACAGCUCUAAUUCUGCAAAAACUUUGCCGACUAUUAAUAAUAUACAAAAUACAACUAGUGAAAUUUUCAUAUAUGAUUUAAAUGAUGUUGAUAAUCCAGAAACUUUACCGAUGUCUCCUAACAUGACAAUGAACAGAUUCGAGACCAUUUCAUCAUUAGCAUGGAAUAAAUCAUUGUCCCACGUGUUUUCAGCUGCUGGCAAUACAUCUGCCGUGUCAAUCUUUGACUUGAAGGCUAAAAAAGAAGUCAUCAAUUUGAAUUAUAUUAACCCAACAACAGGAAUGAAGGAAAUCUUCUCCGUCGUUGAAUGGCAUCCAAAGAAUUCGACAAGAAUUGCUACCGCUACUUCAAACAAUAUAUCGAAUCCUCUAAAUGCCACGGCAAAUGCAGGCGAUUCCAUCUACAUUUGGGAUUUAAGGAAUUCAAAUGCUCCUUUACAAAUCUUAUCUCCGCAACAGUUUGAAAAUAAUACAAUUGUUGGCCAUACUGAUGGUAUUCAAUCUUUGGACUGGUGUGCUCAAGAUGAAACUUUCUUAUUGUCAAGUGGUCGUGAUAAUUCGAUCAUGCUAUGGAACCCAGAUUCAGGUUUGCCAUUGACAAAAUAUCCAAAGAGAAAUAAUUGGUGUUUCAAGAGUAAAUUCGCUCCAAAUUUUCCAGAAAUUUUUGCUUCUGCUUCAUUAGAUGGUAAAAUUGAAGUCCAAACUUUACAAAAUAUCCCAACUAUUUCGGAUGAAGAAGAAAAUAACUCGAAACAACAAGAAUCUGAAACUGAUUUCUGGAACAACGUUUCCACUGAAAAAGUAGUUGAAAAGGCCACUGUGUUUAACUUUCAGGCCCCAUCAUGGUACAAUAAUAUUAUAGAACCAGCUGCUACAUGGUCUUUCGGUGGUAAAUUAGUCUCUAUUAGUAAAGAUGGUAAGAGUAUCAAUAUCAAUAAACCAAAUUUACCCGGUUAUUUCCAAGAUAAUAAGAACUUAGAAGAAGCUUUACAAAAUAAAGAUUUCUCUUCAAUCAUCAAUCAAAGAUUAAUUAAACCAAUCAAUGAGUCAAAUGAAGAAGAUUGGAAUUUCAUCGAAAAAUUAAACUUGGAUGGUAAGGACGACUACUUGAAUGAAGCGUUCGCUUUCGAAGAUGCAGAAGAAGAAUCUACCGAACUUAAGAAUAAUGAUGAAAAUGAUGAUUUCUUCGUCAAUUUAGAAAACUCUUUUGAACCAACUGGAAAGUUUGCCUUAAAAGAAGCUUCUGAUCAAGUUAUUUGUAGAAAUUUAAUUACUGGUGACAUUAAAAAAGCUGUCGCUCGUUCUUUGGAAAAAGAUUACUUAAUGGAAGCUUUAGUUAUUGCAUUAAGCUCUGAUGACGAAUCAUUGAAGACAAAUGUGAAAAAUGCCUAUUUUGCAAGACAUGGUGGCAAAACACCUCUAUCUAGAUUUUUAUUUUCUAUAUCAUCUAGCAAUUCUGCUGAUUUGGUCGACAAUCUAAAGUUGUCCCAAUGGAAAUAUGCUGUCAAAUCUGUCUACAGAUUUUACUCUAAUAAGAUUGAGGAAAGAAAUCAAUUAUUAAAGAGAUUAGGUGACAGGUUAUUAGAAAGUGGUAACAGACAAGAUGCUUUGACUUUAUACUUAGCUGCUGACUCUAUUGAUGAUGUAGCUGCUAUUUGGUUGAAAGAAUUCUCUAGCAAUGAGUCAAAGAUUAAAGAAGUUAAGGGCUCGUAUUACGAAGCUCACACAGAAUGUCUAACUGAAUUUGUAGAAAGAUUCAGUGCUCUUUCAAAAUUUGUUGGUAGUGAUUCUCAAAUCAGUAAUGAAGAUUUGAUCAGUAAAUUUUUAGAAUUUGUUGCCUUGUCAACUGCCGCUGGUAACUUUGAUUUAGCUUACAAAUUUUUGGAAACCUUGCCUGGUGAUAAUGAACAAGUUAACACUGAGAAGCAACGUGUUUUAUCUGCUUCCGGUAAAUCACAAGCUAAACAACAAGCUCAAACUAAAUCAACUAGAUAUGGUAACUUGUCAAGUUCCAUUCCUUCUACAGAUAGCUUGAAAAAGAUGCCACCAUUUGCUCCAACUGCUGCGCCAAUUCAACAAACUUUUGGUGCGCCAAUUCAGCAAAAUUAUGGAUUACCAGCCAGUGUAUCACCAAUUCCACAACUUCCAAACACAAUAGGAACUCCACCUACUUCGAAGAGCCCACAACCUGUUGUCGGUUCCAGAUAUGCUCCCCAAGCGCCAGUCGCUCCUACUAUUGGAGCAACUAAUGCUGUUUAUCCACAAAUCGCAGUGCCUCAACCAACUAAUACUUUUCAGGUUCCAGCUAAUCCAUACUCUACUGUUAAGCCAACUCAGCCAGUGUUUGCUCAUCUUAAUAAUUCAGGAUCUUCCGGCAACUUAGCUUCAAAUCCAAUAGCAAAUGGUCCUGCCUCUCUGCCACCACCUCCAAUCAACAUGAGAUCUGGUCAAAUACCACACCUAACUAAAGAAGCAAACGAUGGAUGGAAUGAUCUGCCAUUGAAGUCUAAAGAUAAGCCAUCUAGAGCUAAAGCUGUUGCUGUUGCUCCUGUUGCUCCAGCUGCAGCUUCCACAGCUCAGCAAACUACACCAAUUAGCUUGAAUACUAUUCGUCCACCACCAAUGAUUUCUAGAUCUUCUUCAAUGAUGGGUUCAAAUAUGGCUCAAGGUAAAUCUAAGGUACCUGUAGCUAAUCAAAAAAUACCUUCCAAUCCAUAUGCACCAUCUAAUAACGUAGUUUCAUCACCAGCAAUAUCUCCACCACCACAUCCAGCACCUGCUCAUAACCCAUAUGCUCCUCCUGUUGCAUUAACUCCAAAUGAUGCUAAACUUGGAUAUAAUCCAUACAUAGUACCAACUAAUGCGGCCCAAACUACAUCCACCCCGCCAUUAGCUGCCAAAGCUCCAAUUGGCCCUCCUCCUGUCAAUUCUAGAAAGAAGGGACCAAGCGGUAAUGAAAUAGUUGGUAUGAAUACACCAACUACUACGAAUGUUGGUGUUCCAACAUCCUCUAUGACUGCCCCUGCACCAGUUCCGGCUCAAUCUCCUGUUCCAGCAGUUAAAUCUACUACACUUCCACCGGAUCAACAGGAUGUCAUUAUAUUUUUCCAACAGGAAUUAGAGCGUGUUACUCCAUUGAUACCAAAGGAAUAUGGAAAACAAUUGAAGGAUUGUACAAAGAGAUUAAAGAUUUUAUUUGAACAUUUACAAAAUCAAGAUUUAUUAACUCAACCAACAGUUGAUAAAUUGAAACAAAUAAUAGAACUAAUGAAAACUCAAAGUUACGAUGAAGCCACUCAAAUCUCCGUUGCUAUUGCUACUGAGCAUGCACACGAAGGUGGUAACUGGUUGACAGGUGUUAAAAGAUUAAUUAACAUUGUAAAGGCGACAUCCUAG